AACAGGUUCAUGUAAAAACAAUGACUCGCGGCUUUCCGUUUCUUUAUACAUAUGUUACCGCAACAACAGAUCGCACAAAGUUUUCUCAUUGUUGUUUUUUUGGCCGCUUUGCUUGCCUCUCUUCUCUGUUUUCUUAGAUUCGCUACUCUUCUCCUCUGUUCCAGGCCACCUUUCAGAAAAGUUCCAACCCUUUUCGUUUGAUCGUGCUUUAUCUCCGUUAUCUCAUUCUCCAUCAGAUAUUCUCUCUCAGUCGAGUAUAUAAAAGCAGGCAACGGUUCUGUUCCCUCGCAGUCGCAGCAUUGCCUUCCCAUCUCACGAGCGAAUCGAGCUGUUGGGCAGCCACAAAAUUGUUUUUUCCUCUCCUCUAACUUACAUUUCCCAGUCCCAGCGUGACAAUGCCCACUCACCAUUCAGCAAUGAGUACUUCCCACGGAUGGCAAUCGAAAAUGGCAUCUCGUUUUACUCUAUGGGCAUGGCUCGCCCUCGCUUGCGUUGCCGGUGCUGAUCCGCCCGCGACAUUCAUCUUUGGUGACUCGCUCGUGGACGCCGGAAACAACAACUACAUCGUCACUCUGUCCAGGGCCAACUAUCUCCCCAACGGCAUCGAUUUCGACGGCCACCAGCCGACUGGCCGGUACACCAACGGCCGGACCAUCGUCGACAUACUAGGGCAAGAGAUGGGGCUAGGAGGGUUUGUGCCGCCCUACAUGGACCCAAACACCACAGGCGACGUCCUGUUCAGAGGCGUCAACUACGCGUCCGGCGGCGGAGGCAUCCUGAACCAAACCGGGAGCAUCUUCACUAGUGGAAAACUUGAGUCCCCCCUGCAGUUGAUCUGGAAUGGUUUUGGAACAGGGUGGGCGCAUAAACCUGGAUGCCCAGAUCGACAACUACGGCAGCAACAGGCGGGACAUGAUCGCGCGGCACGGGGAGGUGGCGGCGGUGAGCCAGCUGAGGGGCGCGCUCUUCUCGGUCACCAUGGGCUCCAACGACUUCAUCAACAACUACCUGGUCCCCAUCCUGUCCGUGCCGGAGCGCGCCGUGACGCCCCCGGAGGCCUUCAUCAACGGCAUGAUCGCCAAGUACCGGCAGCAGCUCAUCAGGCUGUACCUUCUGGACGCCCGCAAGGUCGUGGUGGUGAACGUGGGGCCGAUCGGCUGCAUCCCGUACCUGAGGGACAUCAUGGGGACGGGCGUCCCGUCGUCGGCCGCCGGGGCGUGCGCCGAGUUCCCGAACCAGCUGGCGCAGUCCUUCAACCGCAAGCUGCGCGCCCUGGUGAACGAGCUAAGCGUCAGCCUCGCCGGCUCGCGCUUCCUCUACGCCGACGCCUACCGCAUCGUCUCCGACAUCAUCGACAACUACAGAUCCCACGGAUUCGAGGUGGCCGACUCGGCGUGCUGCUACGUGGGCGGGCGGUUCGGGGGGCUGGUGCCGUGCGGGCCGACGUCGAGGUACUGCGCGGACAGGUCCAAGUACGUGUUCUGGGACGCCUACCACCCCAGCGACGCCGCUAACGCGCUCAUUGCUCGCCGGAUCCUCGACGGCGACCCGGCGGAUAUCUCCCCCGUCAACGUGCGCCAGUUGGUCUUCCAUGCAUAGGAUCUUAUUUAUUUUCAGGCCGUUCUCAACCUCUGUGUUUGUAACUUUUUCUAGGAAUCCACGAGACCAGGAAAUUAGUGUCUUCGAUGUAUUUCGUUGCCUGUUCAUGGUAAUAUGCCAAUUGUAUUAGGUUUGGAGGACCCUAAUUUUUCGAAACCGGAUGACCAGUGGCGGAGCUAGACAAGAAUGUCCCAGGAGGCAAGGAGGCUAAAGCCAAAAAUUAUGUUGUGCAUGGUUGAAGAUGAGCCUAGAUCUUAAGGUGCGGGGGGCAAAUUAUGUAUUCCUCAGUCCAACAAGGAUGUCUCAAAUUUGACUAAAUUUGAAUGCAUUUAUAUACUAAGUCAUGUCUA